UCCUCCCGGUACCCCGCUGGCUAGUAGUGGCGGUCACCGGCGUAAUGGGGACCGCCUCGUCGCUCGUGAGCCCCGCGGGCGGGGAGGUGAUCGAGGACACUUAUGGGGCGGGCGGCGGCGAGGCCUGCGAGAUUCCGGUAGAGGUGAAGCCCAAGGCCCGCCUGCUGCGCAGCUCGUUCCGCCGUGGCGCGGCAGCAGCGGCGGCGGGGGCAGGGCCCGGGUCGCUGCCCCGCGGGGCGGGGGGCGGCGGGCUGCUGGGGGCUAGCUUUAAGUCUACCGGCUCGUCGGUGCCCGAGCUGGAAUACGCAGCGGCUGAGUACGAGAGGCUGAAGAAGGAAUACGAGAUCUUCCGGGUCAGCAAGAAUCAAGAGUUGUUGUCCAUGGGCCGCCGCGAGGCCAAGCUGGACACGGAGAACAAGCGCCUGCGGGCCGAGCUGCAGGCCCUUCAAAAAACUUACCAAAAAAUACUUCGGGAAAAGGAAAGUGCUUUAGAAGCAAAAUACCAAGCGAUGGAGAGGGCAGCAACAUUUGAACAUGACAGAGACAAAGUGAAAAGGCAAUUCAAGAUUUUUAGGGAGACCAAGGAAAAUGAAAUUCAGGACUUACUGAGAGCUAAGCGAGAGUUGGAAAGCAAACUUCAGAGGCUCCAGGCUCAGGGGAUCCAAGUAUUUGAUCCUGGAGAAUCUGAUUCAGAUGACAACUGUACAGAUGUUACUGCUGCUGGAACCCAGUGUGAAUAUUGGACUGCAGGAGCCUUGGGAAGUGAACCUUCCAUAGGGAGUAUGAUCCAGCUUCAGCAGUCCUUCAGGGGCCCUGAGUUUGCCCAUAGUUCCAUAGAUGUGGAGGGACCCUUUGCAAAUGUCAACAGAGAUGACUGGGAUAUUGCUGUAGCUAGUUUAUUACAAGUUACUCCCUUGUUUUCACACUCUCUCUGGAGUAACGCUGUCAGAUGUUACCUCAUUUAUACAGAUGAAACCCAGCCUGAAAUGGAUCUUUUCCUUAAGGACUAUUCACCUAAACUUAAAAGAAUGUGUGAGACAAUGGGAUAUUUUUUCCAUGCUAUAUAUUUUCCAAUAGAUAUUGAAAAUCAAUACCUUGCUAUAAGAAAAUGGGAAAUUGAGAAGAGUUCAUUAGUUAUUUUAUUUAUUCAUUUAACUUUACCAAGCCUUUUACUGGAAGACUGUGAAGAAGCUUUUCUGAAAAACCCUGAAGGCAAACCACGAUUAAUUUAUCAUCGCUUGGAGGAUGGGAAAGUCAGUUCCGACUCCGUCCAGCAAUUGAUUGAUCAAGUUUCUAACCUGAACAAGACCAACAAAGCCAAGAUCAUUGAUCACUCUGGAGAUCCUACAGAAGGAGUAUAUAAAACUUAUAUUUAUGUGGAAAAGAUUAUUAAACAGGACAUCCUGGGCUUUGAGAACACAGACCCAGAGACUAAGGAUUUGGGCAGUGAAGAUUCUGUUCCAGAAGAAGAUGAUUUUGGUGAUGUUCUUUGGGACAUACAUGAUGAACAAGAGCAAAUGGAAACUUUCCAACAGGCUACAAAUUCAGCCCAUGAGCUGGGAUUCGAGAAAUAUUACCAGCGCCUUAACGAUCUAGUGGCGGCACCAGCACCAAUUCCACCCCUUCUUGUAUCUGGAGGACCAGGUUCCGGAAAGUCCCUUCUCUUAUCAAAGUGGAUUCAGUUACAACAGAAGAAUUCCCCUAACACGCUAAUUCUUUCUCAUUUUGUGGGAAGGCCCAUGUCAACCAGCUCUGAGUCCUCCUUGAUUAUUAAACGACUAACUCUAAAGUUGAUGCAACACUCUUGGUCAGUAUCUGCUCUAACACUGGAUCCAGCUAAGCUUCUGGAAGAAUUUCCACGCUGGCUGGAAAAACUCUCUGCCCGUCAUCAAGGCAGCAUCAUCAUCAUUAUUGAUUCCAUAGAUCAAGUUCAGCAAGUUGAAAAACACAUGAAAUGGCUGAUCGAUCCACUGCCAGUGAAUGUAAGAGUAAUUGUUUCUGUGAAUGUAGAGACAUGCCCUCCAGCCUGGAGGUUAUGGCCUACACUUCAUCUUGAUCCUUUAAAUCCAAAAGAUGCAAAAUCUCUUAUAAUUGCAGAAUGCCACUCUGUGGACAUUAAAUUGAGUAAAGAGCAGGAGAAGAAGUUAGAACGACACUGUCGUUCUGCUACGACCUGCAAUGCCCUUUAUGUCACCGUUUUCGGCAAAGUGAUCGCAUGUGCUGGAAGAGCAGGCAAUUUAGAUAAAAUCCUUCAUCAGUGUUUCCAGUGUCAAGAUACUAUUUCAUUAUAUAGACUUGCUCUGCGAUCUUUCCAGGAGUCCAUGGCAAAUGAUAUGGAUAAAGAACUAAUGAAACAGAUUCUCUGCCUCAUAAAUGUUAGUCACAAUGGCGUGAGUGAAUCAGAACUGAUGGAACUCCACCCUGAGCUUUCCUGGGCUCUCUUGACCUCCCUAAUUCACAGUUUACACAAAAUGUGCUUAUUGACUUAUGGUUGUGGCUUGCUCAAGUUUCAACAUCUACAGGCUUGGGAAACAGUAAGACUGGAAUACAUGGACGAUCCAGCCAUUAUUUCUUCAUGUAGGCAAAAGCUAAUCAACUAUUUCACCAUGCAGCUAAGUCAGGACCGAGUGACUUGGAGAAGUGCAGAUGAGCUCCCUUGGCUUUUUCAGCAGCAGGGAAGUAAACAGAAGUUGCAUGAUUGCCUUCUCAAUCUCUUUGUGUCUCAAAAUCUUUAUAAAAGAGGACACUUUGCCGAGUUGCUGAGUUACUGGCAGUUUGUUGGCAGAGACAAAAGCGCAAUGGCAGCAGAAUACUUUGAUUCAUUGAAGCAGUAUGAGAAAAACUGUGAAGGCGAGGAGAACAUGAUUUGCUUGGCUGAUCUUUAUGAAACCCUGGGGCGAUUUCUCAAGGAUCUAGGCCUCCUCAGUCAGGCUGUGGUGCCUUUGCAGAGGUCUCUAGAAAUUCGAGAAACAGCUUUAGAUCCAGAUCACCCAAGAGUAGCUCAGUCCCUCCACCAACUAGCAAGUGUGUACGUGCAGUGGAAGAAGUUUGGCAAUGCGGAACAGCUGUAUAAACAGGCCUUAGAAAUCUCCGAAAAUGCUUAUGGUGUGGAACAUCCCCAUAUUGCUCGUGAACUUGAGGCACUGGCAACUUUGUACCAGAAACAAAAUAAAAAUUAUGCUACAUUUAAGGGCCCAAAAAAGCUUUACACUAGGUAUGAACAAGCUGAACAUUUUAGGAAAAAAUCCUUUAAAAUUCGUCAGAAGGCUACAAGGAGAAAAGGCAACUUGUAUGGAUUUGCCCUCUUACGUAGACGAGCCCUGCAGUUAGAAGAGCUCACGUUAGGAAAGGACACACCUGACAAUGCCCGGACCCUCAAUGAGCUGGGCGUUCUCUACUACCUUCAGAAUAACCUGGAAACAGCUGACCAGUUUCUGAAGCGGUCCUUAGAAAUGAGAGAGCGAGUCCUAGGACCAGAUCACCCCGACUGUGCCCAGUCUUUAAAUAAUCUGGCAGCUCUAUGCAAUGAAAAGAAACAGUAUGAUAAAGCAGAAGAACUUUAUGAAAGAGCUUUAGACAUUCGGAGACGAGCACUAGCUCCUGAUCACCCUUCUUUGGCCUAUACAGUGAAGCAUCUUGCAAUCUUGUAUAAGAAAAUGGGGAAACUUGACAAGGCUGUACCUUUGUAUGAGCUGGCUGUUGAAAUUCGGCAGAAAUCCUUUGGCCCAAAGCACCCCAGUGUAGCUACUGCCCUGGUGAACUUAGCUGUUCUCUAUAGCCAAAUGAAAAAACACAUCGAAGCCUUGCCAUUAUAUGAAAGAGCAUUAAAGAUUUAUGAAGACAGCCUGGGUCGGAUGCAUCCUCGAGUUGGAGAAACAUUAAAAAAUUUAGCCGUGCUUAGCUAUGAAGAAGGGGAUUUUGAAAAAGCUGCUGAAUUAUACAAAAGGGCGAUGGAAAUAAAAGAAGCAGAAACGUCACUUUUGGGUGGAAAAGCUCCUUCCCGACACUCCUCAAGUGGAGACACAUUUAGCUUAAAAACAACCCAUUCUCCUAAUGUUUUCCUUCAAGGACAGAGAACCCUAAAAUGACGCAACUGAUCAUGAAGAGUGGUUGUUCUCUGUUCAACAAGACCUGGCAUAGCUAUGAAAACAAGUUCAAUUCUAUAAUUCUUCCAUCUCUCAAGAGCUAUGUUGGCCUCACCAUUCCUGGUUGUGCUUUUCAACGGUAGUCUGGCCCAAAUCUCUACCUCAAAGAAAAGUUUCAAGGAAUAAAGGGAUAAUGUUUAUGAAAGGUUUGAAUUGUUUUCUGUGAAAUGAACUAGUAACAGUUGUCUCUGCUACAUUUUUAAAAAUUCUACCUUUUCCAUGAGCAGACUGGGCUAAGCCCUCUGCUUUCCACUCUCUCUACAUUGUUCUGCUGUGUUAUAUGUAUCUGCAUAAUCUGAAGUUAUUAAUGCAAUAAGUCAAGCUCUUAGCAUUCUUUGACCUUCCCCAAAAUAGGGACAUGACAGUCUCCUCUCCUUUCUUAAAUGCCCUAAAUCUCUUCAUUUAUCUCAAAUUCAGAUUAGUUUAUUUUAUAUGAAAAUGAAAUGUUUUACAAAUAUUGCCACUUUUGGUUUUGCACCCUUUAUGUAUUUAUAUGUAAUAAAAUCUUCAAUUCUAAUACCUGUAAGAUUCCAACAUAUUAAUUAUAAAGGUGAAAGAUAAAAUAA